AUGGCCCCAGCUGCAACUAUAGAAUACGCUUCUAAUGCUCCUCAGCCACUCCAAUAUCCUCGCUUGUCAAAACACCACCUACUUCCAUCAUCUGAUACUCCAGAUUACAUUAGACUUAUAUUAACAUCCAAGGUCUACGAGAUCCUGAAGGAGACCCCGCUUGUCCUUGCUACAAACCUGAGCGCAAAACUCGGAAAUCAGAUAUGGUUGAAGCGCGAAGAUAUGCAAGAGGUUUUUAGCUUCAAGAUCCGGGGUGCCUAUAAUUUCAUGGCCAAUUUGUCCGAAGAAGAGCGAUGGAAAGGUGUUAUUACGUGUAGUGCUGGAAAUCAUGCUCAGGGUGUUGCUCUCUCUGGCUCUCGACUGGGAAUCCCAUGUACUAUCGUAAUGCCCCAAGGCACCCCUGACAUCAAAGUGCGAAACGUUGCUCGACUUGGUGCCAAAGUCGUUUUGCACGGAGCCGACUUUGACGAAGCAAAGGCCGAAUGCGCACGCUUAGCUUCAGUCCAUGGCCUUAUAUUUGUUCCCCCAUACGACGACCCAUUGGUCAUCGCUGGCCAAGGGACUGUUGGAAUGGAAGUAUUAAAACAAUUGCCUGAGUCAGAACAACUUAGUGCAAUAUUUGCAGCUGUAGGAGGUGGAGGGCUGGUUGCUGGUAUCAGUGAAUACGUCAAAAGGAUUGGAAAUCCAAAUACCAAAGUAAUUGGUGUGGAGACUGUCGAUGGGGAUGCGAUGGCAAGGAGUCUGGAAAAGGGCGACAGAGUUACUCUUCACGAAGUUGGGCCCUUUAGCGAUGGUACUGCGGUGAAAAUUGUAGGAGAGGAGCCGUUUAGGAUUUGCAAACAGAAUCUUGACAGUGUGGUGAAAGCGGAUAAUGAUGAGAUAUGUGCCGCUAUAAAGGAUAUCUUCGAAGAGACGCGAUCUGUAACUGAGCCUGCAGGAGCGUUAGCGCUUGCUGGUUUGAAACAUUAUAUCAUCGAAAAUAAUCUGAUUGGUUCCCAAAAGAAGUUCGUUGUUGUUGUCAGUGGGGCAAACAUGAAUUUCGACCGCCUACGUUUCGUGGCUGAACGAGCGGAAUUAGGAGAAGGGCGAGAGGCCCUCCUUAGUGUCGAUAUUCCUGAGCGUCCAGGAAGUUUCAUAGCCUUACAUUCUAUAAUUCAUCCUCGAGCCGUCACUGAAUUCAUAUACCGUUAUAACGUUUCUGGAGACAGGGCUCAUGUCUUGUUAUCCUUCAAACUUCAAUCUACUUCGCGACAAACUGAAGUUCGUCAAAUCCUAUGGUCCCUCAAUGAAGCGGAUAUGAAAGGGUUCGAUAUUAGCGACGACGAAAUGGCGAAAAGUCACGUUAGGUACAUGAUCGGAGGCUGCCAAAAAGUUCCAAAUGAGAGAGUAUUCAGAUUCGCCUUCCCGGAGCGCCCUGGAGCCCUUCGAAAAUUCUUAUUAGGAAUACAAAAGGGAUGGAACAUCUCCUUGUUCCAUUACAGAAAUCACGGCGGAGACUUGGGGAAGGUCCUUGCCGGAAUUCAGGUCCCUGACAACGAAUCAGCAGAUUUUCUAGCCUUCUUAGAAAAACUUGACUACGCAUAUGUCGAAGAAACUGGCAAUAGUGUCUACAAACGGUUUCUGCAAGGCUUGAAUCUCACAUUGAAGAAUAGUGUUCAAGGUGUUGGGACGCCUUUGCUUCAGUCCUACUCGACAACUGAAGUCACCGUUCUUUUAGACCACCUUCCUGUUCCUUCGUUCAUGCCCAAUUCACCAAUGAUUUCAGACAUCGAAGCGUCAACCAAAGCAACAGGGUCAAACGGACAUGAAUCCGACUCUCUCAUGAAUGGAAACCAUCUUCACAAGGAUGAGAACCAUAGUAUGAGCGAUGAUGAUGACUUGCCAUUGUCCCAGACUACACGCACUGACGCCACGUCGCUUCCUCCUCGCAACCUAAAGAGAAAAAAGCCAGUUUAUGCCGAGUCAUCUAGUGAUGAUGAUAUCCCCCUUGCAUCUUCACCAGCAAAGCCCACGAAAGCCAAUGGGAACGUAAAGCCGAAGAAAGAGCCAAGUAAUUCGGACGACAACUCAUCCAACUUAGGGAACGCGCCCACGAAACGUCGAGCAUCCAAUGGCCGAGCUAAGCCUGCAAGAAAGAAGGUUAAAGAGGAGAGCGAUGCAAGCGACAAAGAUAAUGACGCAGCGCCUGUGCCCAAGGCACGCUCUACUACUCGUAAGCGCAAGCCAAAGGUGGAAAGCGAUUCAGAGGCCGAGACGGUGACAUCCAAGAAGGCACCCACUAAGUCUAGGCGAAAGAAGAUAAAGGGGGAAGAAGAUAAAUCAGAGUCAGAAACGCCAAAGCCAAAGAAAGCGCGCAAGACAAAGAAAGAAGAGGACGAUAAAUCACCUGUGAAGACGAAAGGAAAGAAGAAACAAGAGAAAGAAGAGGAACCUGAAGAGGUAUUCCGAUGGUGGGACGCAGAUCCCAACGGCGAUGGUACUAUCAAAUGGACUACUCUUGAACAUAACGGAGUCAUUUUUCCUCCACCGUAUGAACCGUUGCCGGUUAACGUUAAGAUGAGGUAUAACGGGCAACCAGUCCACCUCUCUGUCGAGGCUGAGGAAGUUGCUGGUUUCUAUGCAGCGCUAUUGGAAACCGAUCAUGCUAGAGAUGCAACUUUUAAUAAGAACUUUUUUGAGGAUUGGAAGACAGUCAUGAAGAAGCAUCCACCGCUAGAUGGAACCCAGAUCACACAAUUUGAGCUUUGCGAUUUCCGGCCUAUGUAUGAACAUUUUGAGGCCGAGAAAGCAAAAAAGAAGGCUAUGACUGCAGAAGAAAAGAAAGCCGCCAAGAAAGCCAGGGAUGAAAUGGAAGCGAAAUAUACUACUUGCCUCCUCGAUGGACGCAAAGAGAAAGUGGGGAAUUUCAGGGUUGAACCUCCAGGUUUGUUUAGAGGACGUGGAGAUCACCCCAAGAAAGGGGCACUUAAAUUUCGUGUAAGACCCGAAGACAUUACUCUUAACAUUGGCCAAAAUGCUCCUAUUCCUGUACCCAAUAUGCCUGGCCAGUGGAAAGCAAUCAGCCACGACAACACUGUUACUUGGUUGGCAAAUUGGACAGAAAAUAUCAACGGCAAUCACAAAUAUGUGUUCUUGGCUGCAGGUAGUUCACUGAAAGGCCAAAGCGACAUGCAAAAGUUCGAAAAGGCCCGGGAACUGAAGAAUCAUGUUGAAAGGAUACGACAAAAUUACGAGGUUGAUCUGAAGUCUAAAGUGAUGGCUGAUCGACAACGUGCGACUGCAAUGUAUUUUAUCGACAAGCUCGCUCUUCGUGCUGGUAACGAGAAGGGUGAAGACGAGGCCGACACAGUCGGUUGUUGUUCGUUGCGCUGCGAGCAUGUCACAUUAGAAUCCCCGAAUUUCAUUAUAUUCGAUUUCCUGGGAAAGGAUUCAAUAAGGUACUACAACAGAGUCCCCGUCGAAGCACAGGUCUUCAAAAACAUUCGAAUCUUUAAGGAGAACAAGAAUGACGAUGAUAAUCUCUUCGACCGCGUAACGACCAGCUCCCUCAACAAGCACCUCACCAAUGAGAUGAAGGGGUUGACAGCAAAAGUCUUCCGUACUUUCAAUGCAUCCAUCACAUUCCAAAGGCUUUUGGACGCAGAAGAUCUUAAGAAUGCCACUCUCCAGGAAAAGUUGAACGCCUACAAUUCAGCAAAUCGUGAGGUGGCUAUUUUAUGUAACCAUCAACGUAGUGCACCUAAAACGCACGACCAAUCAAUGGAGAAAAUGCGAUACAAGCAUCGUACAUUCAAAUACGAGAGAAUGAAGUUGCGGCAUGCUCUUUUCAAGCUUGACCCAAAAUACAAGAAAAAGCCUAAGUACAAAGAUGACGAAAGCGACCUGGACGAUGAUUGGAUAGCCGAACAUGAGAAUAACCUGAAGGCCAAAGAAAUUGAGAAGGCGGAGAAAAAGUUCGCUAAAGAGAACGAAAAACUUGUGGAAGAGGGUGCUAAACCACAGAAGGAUUCUGUCCUGAAAGGAAGAAUCGCUGAUAUUGAAGAAGAAUUCAAGCAGCUUGCCAAGGAGCGGGGCACUGGCAAAGCAGCUAUGAAGCGUGAACGUUCUGCCGAAAAAAUAGAGGAUGCCAUCGAUAAACUUACUGACAAGAUCAAGUCCUUCAAGCUGCAAAUCGACGACCGAGAUGCAGGUAAAGAGGUUGCGCUGGGAACAAGCAAAAUCAAUUACCUUGAUCCACGCAUCACUGCGGCCUGGUGCCAAAUACAUGAUGUUCCUAUCGAGAAAAUCUUCUCCAAAACGCUGGUGACAAAGUUCCCUUGGGCAAUGGAGGUGGAAAAGGAAUGGAAGUUUUGA